ACCAUCACCGUCCAAAACUCAUUCCUCGACGCAGCUGUUGUAACCACUAACCACCAUCCACCAUGGCCCAGCAAGGAGGAUGCAUGUGCGGUAACAUCCGUUACAGCGUCGAAGGCGAGCCUGUAAGCAAGGCCCUAUGUCACUGCGCCGACUGCCGCAAGAUUACCGGCUCAACUUACUCCACCAACGCCAUCUUCCCCAGCAAGCAGUUCAAUCUCACUCGGGGCACUCCCAAACAACACUCCAAGACGGCAGACACCGGCAACAAAAUCACCAGCCAUUUCUGUGGAGACUGCGGUUCAACCUUAUUCAGGGAGACUAGCGCGUUUGAGGGCGCGAAGAUCGUCAAAAUCGGCACCCUAGACGAUGCCAACGCAUUGUCUGACUUGAAGCCUGGCGUUGAGCUCUUUGCGAAGAAUCGUAUUCCUUGGGUCGAAGCGGUUGCUGGUGCCCAGCAGAAGGAUGCCAUGUCGUAG